UCACCCCUUUUUUUCUUCCUUCCAAAAACCAAWCCCACCUCCCCUUUUUCUUUCCUUCCCUAAAUGGACGGUGGUAGUCUUGGGUUAGUGGGUAUUCCGCCGCCGGGAGACGGCGGUGGAGCACCGUCUGAUGGGUCGACGACCGCCGGUUCAGUCUUGACCACCACCAACAAUCAAGAUACUGUUAUGUCGGCUGAGGUUUCUUCACCGUAUCCAGGUGKUGUUGAUGAUGAGAAUCUUGAAUUAGGGCUUGGAUUGAGUGUUGGUGGUUUGAAAUCAAAGGGUAGAAUCUUGACUGCUAAAGAUUUGCCAUGUUUGAUUUCAAAACCUAACCCUCAAUCAGCAUCAUCUUCCCCUUCUUUCAAGAACCCUAAUUCAUCAAUUUCUGGCACCAAAAGAUCUGCUUCUGAUUCUGUUUCUCCUUCUAGUGUGGUUGGAUGGCCUCCCAUAAGAAAAGGUCAUCGGUUGGCUAACCAAACCAAGUCKCCCGACGAWCAAUCUAGCUCAACGGCCGAAGGAAACAAAAGUAUCGGAAACGACCUUUAUUCUCGGACCAAAAAAGGGGUCGCCAACAAAAGUUAUCUACCCGUGAAGGUAAAUAUGGACGGAAGUUUGAUCGGGAGGAAAGUUGAUCUGAAUGCCCACAGUUCGUACGAGAUGUUGGCAAAGACCUUGGAAGAUAUGUUUUGUCGAAGAUGGUCAACCAACGAAACACUGGGACCUUCGAACCUGCUGGACGAAACAUCCGAUUUCGUGCUUACGUAUGAAGACAAAGAUGGCGACUGUAUGCUUGUCGGGGACGUCCCRUGGCAGAUGUUUCUCGGCUCCGUAAAACGGCUUCGGAUCAUUAGAAAUUUCGAUUCUAACAAACCGAGUCCAAAAAAGAACGCCACGUGAAGAACCACCGAUGACAUCUUAUGGUACAUAUACUUUAUAGUCUCUGGAUUGMUUUGUUCGGUUUUUCAGGCCGUUUUUGCUCUAAAUCGGCUGUCUGUGGAAAACCCAAGAACCCGUUUUAUCCGGAAGCUAUGAACACGAGUUCGAGUUGGCUCCUGGUGUACAAAUUGCAYGUUUCGGAGGUACUUUUGGUUUCUUUGAUAUUGUAAUUACGCUUUUUGCCCAAUAAUCGAACAUAUUUUCCGUAAUCUGAUGUCGAGUUUUURCCAAA